AUGACUUCCCGCGAGCCCUCCCCAGCGCCCUCGGACGGAGACACCAUCGAUGACCAACCCGAAGACACUAAGCCUGACAUUGCAGACCUAGACCCCGACCAGUCUCAGAAUGCAGAAGAUUUCUCUUCAAGUCUGACACCCGUGAGUGGACGUCGGGCAGGUCGUGCAAGGACAUCCACAGGCAGAAAGACAAAGCCCAGGGGUGGUGCGAUCUGGAUUCACGAAACGCCUCAAGAUGGGACAGAGGAUGAAGGCAGCGUCAUCUCUACCACCAGAACCAAAAAGUCGGAGGCCAGCCCAGAUCCAGAAGCCAAGACAGUAGUAGGAACGGCAGUAGGGACCAGGAGACAAGCUAACGGCACCGUGGGCUCCGUCUACUCGGGCAGCAAGAUCAGACACAUCAAAAAGCCAGAUGGCACUCCUCUGUGGCGUAAGGAGAUCCAAUUUGAAUUCCUCAAAAUCGUCACCGAGGACAACAAACCAGUUUUCACCCGAAUUAGCGACGGCCAGAAAGGAUGUACUUUUUCCGAGAUCUACGUGGAUUGCAUGGCUAGAAGCUCCAAGACAAGCAAGAUCCUCAAGGAUAGGCUUCAAAUCGAUGAACAGGCUGCACAGAACAUGGCCAUGAUUUGCCUCCUGGUCAAUGUCGGCAGGAUGAACACAACGUUGAACUUCUUCCCAGAGAUGAGGGCGCAACUGAGAACAUACCAUUCCAUCCCUUCAUUGCAAGCCUACAAGAGCCAGAAAGAUUACAAGUCACUUCAGGAUGCCCCAAGAUUAAAGAGCAUCCUGAAAGGUGCCAGCGAGGACACAGACGAACCCCGUACCAUCGCCGCACUGAAGACAAAGCCAGUUCCGCGGACCAAUCCCGUCAACCUCAUCUUUGUUCUUUCACAGUACGCGCCCACCGUUAGCGAAACACAUUUCACUGACAAGGUUGAUUUCUUUGACCUUGCCAUGCGACCGACCAUUUCCUCCGCCAGUCGAGCCAGGGCAUUCCUGUGGCUGAUGUGGUGGUACCUGGAAUCAGAUUUCACCAAAGAAGAUGCUUUGCGAAAUCCGUACGGUCCUGGCGAAUACAAAGAAGAUGAAUCCCCUGACGAUCCUGACACGAUCCCCCAACUCGUCCCGAAAUUGAUCAACAUCACAGAGGAGGAAGGGGAUGCCGAGAAUGCAGACCCUCCAGAAGAAAUCACCUUUGCGGAGAAGAUGACCAAGGAAAGAAAACGAAUCAUGCUGGAAGUUGCAAACGAGCCACCUCUAAUGAUGGCCGAUCCCAGCAACCCUGACCACAAGGUCUUGAAGAGACUCAAGAAGGGCGUGUUGUAUGGGGACGACGAUUCUCUGAUAUCUGAUGCCGAUUCGCGCGGGAGCCCUGGCUUUGGGCGUUCCCCAGCGCCCGACACUUUCGGUCCACCUGGACACGUGAUGACUCCGCUCGGUGGACAAGCAGAUAGCCUUGACGAUGACUGGGAAGCGGUCGAGCUACAUCCUGGACGCGGACGCUACAAGCGUGUCAAGGGAAAGAAUACGCCGACGCGAUCCCGAGGUGCCAAACAGAAUGACGGCCCUCGAAGUUUGCUCAAAUCGGGGCGAAACGCUGCCACACCGGAUACGGCGGAUCGCAAUCGAGGCACUCCCCAGCCUUUGCACUCGGGCGGUAACCAUUAUGGCAACAGUCAGCUCGGCACUCACCGGGGCAAGCAUGAUGUGGACUCAAGCACGGGCCGAGCAGGGGAGACAUUGGCGGGUGGAUCAGUCACCAAGUCAAGGGCCAGAACAGGGUACCAGCGCGAACUUGAGGAACAUAGACUGCGGCGAGUGGAUUGGGCUUUGAGACGGCGGCGAAGGCAGGCUCUUAAAGAAGCCCGACAGCUCAGGGAGGGGGGUCGAUGGCUGCUCAAGGCAGCGAGGCGUAUCAGCGAGUUAGCUCCCACAUAUGACAGCGAAGAGGAAGAAGGGAACGACGGUGUGGGGUUCGCGGGCUUGAUUGCUCGCAGAUGGUAUGGUGAAGAUGUCGAAGGCCAUCCCGGUCAUGUUCCGCCCGGGUAUGAACCCGACGACAAUGGCGAGGAAGCUGAGACUUGGACUAAGGUUCUGAAGAGGGCCGGUCGACGCCUGGAAGUCUGGGGCGGAGACCGCGAUGUUGCCGUGUUCAAUGCGCGAGUCCAGCAGCGUCAGCAGGUCCUGGAAGAACAUGUCGCCCCAGAACCAGUCCGAGCUGCCGCCAAUGGGACACGCAAGAAGCCUCGGAAGCGAGAACCACCGGUGCGCGUCAACAAUCUUGUCAGUGGCCGAGCCAGCAAAGCAACGCGGACCUCGGAGCAAGACCUGAACGACGAGAUCACACAAGAUCUGCUGGCUGAGAGGAGCGAUGAAGACAUGGGCGAUGAUGAGUCGGUUGAGCUGGACGGCGACGGCGACGCAGAAGAAAGCGACAUGGAGAUGGACUGA